AUGAAACUAAAACUCGGUGGCCUAAAAAAACUUGGUAAGCGUGGUGGUAAGAAGUUGGGCAAAGGUGGCAAGAAACUGGGCAAGAAAAUGGGUAAGCAGAUGAAAGGUAUCAAGAAAAUGAAAGGUAUGAAGAAGAUGAAAGGUGUCAAGAAAAUGAAAGGAGGCAUGAGUAAAGGCAUGAGUAAAGGAUCGAAGGCAAAAAAAGCGGUGAGCGGUGGAAAAAUGAAGAAAAUGUCAAGCAAAGGAAAACUUGGGAAAAAGGCGAAAGGCAAAAAAUCGUUUGGGAAAAAAAUGAAAGGCAAACGAUCGAUUGGGAAAGGGAAGAAAGCAACUAAGGGUAAAAAAGCGAGCAAGGGUAAAAAAGCGAGCAAAGGUAAAAAAGGGAGCAAAGGUAAAAAAGCGAGCAAGGGUGAAAAGAAAGCUAGUAAAGGUAAAAAAAAGGCAAGAAAAGGCGAACAUGGUGGAGGAGACGGUGGAGGAGAUGGGGGUGGCGAAGCGCAAGGUGGGAAGAAAGUAUCGGGUGAAGAUAUACAAGAUAUGCAGGAUAUCGGCCAACAAAUGGCUGAUCAAGGAAACGGUGGACAGCAAGCCGGAGGUCAAGGUGAAGGCGGAGGUGGGGGCAAAAAAGGUGGGGGCAUCGGGUUGGGGACUGUUCUGGCUGGGGCAGGAGCACUGGCGGUCGUCGGAGGGGUUGCUGCCAAAAUGAUGCAGAAUAAACGGAGUGCCGAAAAGGAAACUGAUGAAGCGCCAGGAGAUGAAAACGUUGAGGAAGCUGGCGCACAAAAUGAGAAGGUAGUGAAACCAAAGGGAACACGUGCUAAAGUGAAAAAGUUGCCUAAACAAAAGGUUGUUGAGAGUCAAGGGGCCGAGAAUGCCGGAAUGCAAACUGAUGAAGAGGAGGGAAAUGAAAAUGUUGGGGAAGCUGGUGCACAAAAUGGAAAGGUAACGAAACCAAAGGUGGCACCUGGUAAAGUAAAGAAGCUGCCUGAACAAAAUGUUAUUAAAAGUCAAGAGGCCGAGAAUGCCGGAAUGGAACCUGAUGAAGAGGAGGGUCAAGAAGACGAGGAUGCCGAUAAUGAUGAAGAGGAAGCCGAGAAUGAUCAAGAGGAAGGUCAAGAAGACGAGAAUGCCGGAAAUGAUGAAGAGGAAGGUCAAGAAGCUGAGAAUGCUGGAAAUGAUGAAGAGAAAGAAACUAAAAAUGUUGUGGAGGCUGGUGCCAAAAAGGAACAGGCAGCGAAACCGAAGUUGACACCUGAAGAAGUGAAGAUGAUGCGUGAACGAAAAAUUAUUAUGCGUCAAGAAGCCGAAAGAUUGAACGAAACGGCAAAACCAUUGGUCAAAGGAGAUGGCUUCGAAGUCAUUCUCACAACUCUGUUGUCCCUUAUCUAUNAAGAGGAGGAAUGA